AUGCAAGCAUUCUUAAAUGAUAAAACUCAAGAAAAUGCAACUGGUGCUGAACCACAAGUAAUUAUUACUGAUAUGGACCCUGUGAUGGAUGCAACAUGUAAAAUUGUAUAUCCAAAUACAUAUCAUGUAUACUGCAUUUGGCAUUUGUCUCAGAAUUUGCCAAAAAAUCUUAAGUCAAAACUUGGUAAUAUAAAAUAUAAGGAGUUUAUCUGUGAGUUUUGGCAAGCUCAGAAUUCAUUAAGUGUUGACAUUUUUGAGCAACGAUUUCAAUUGAUAUUGGAAAAAUAUCCUAAUGCAUCUGACUAUCUGCAAAAUCCUAUUUACUCAACUCGACAAUUGUGGGCUUGUUCAUUUAUUAACAGAAUAUUCACCACUGGAAUGCAAUUGACGCAAUACAUUGAAUCAAUUAAUGCACUUGUUCAUAAAGAAGUUUCAUCUAGUUCAAGUAUGACUAAUGUUGCUGAAGCUAUUAAUUCCCAGAUGCAAAAGGAAGACUUAAACAUGUGUUUUAUAUCAUGA